AUGGUGCCAUCCACUUCACAUCAAGCCCAAGACCCUCGCCUCAUCGACCGCAUUGUAAGAGACUCUGCCUUCCAAUCCUACCACACCAGGCACCGAAAGACGGCCAUAAUUUAUACGCUGCCGCUCCCUUCGAGACUCUCCGGUGCCGCCGCAGAGACCGUCCGGUAUCGAGCUGGGAGCCUAAGAAGAUACGGCGCAGCCAUCAAAGAAUUCCGGGUUGCACCUGGUGUCUUCGUUCACCCCCACAUCAAAAGGCUCAUUGUUGUGCGCCAAAACUUGGGCAAUCUCUCCUCCAUGUAUAACGCUUCCGGAAAUAUCGCUGGGUUGCAGCUCGUGUCUCCGGUCCUGGGCCUUCUUUUCUACAAUGCAGCUAGUCUCCAUAACUCUUCCUCCAAGAAUUUAUCCGAGAUCGAUAUCUCGGUUGCUAGGAGACCCAUUACAGUGGAUUUUUCCAGCGUUGUUGGAGAUCCACAGCGUCUGAGACCACUCUGUGCGGUGUUCGAGUUGGACGGCAACGUGAGCUUAUCAAAUCAAACGGCAAGCCACAAAUGCGCGUCGCGACGGCAGGGCCACUUUGCUCUGGUGAUCGAGUCAGCUAAGAGUAAUGGCAUCGAGGAGAAGGCGAAGGUGAGUAAAUGGAAGGUUGCGGUGGUGAGCGUGGUUGCGGGAGCGUUCGGAGCGGUGCUUCUGGGGCUCAUGGUGGUGGCGGUGGCGAGUGCGAGGAGGAAGAGGUAUCGGAGGGAGGAGAUGGAGCGGAGGGCAUACGAGGAGGAGGCGCUGCAGAUCUCGAUGGUGGGCCACGUGAGAGCGCCCACAGCGGCGGUCGCUCGUACCGCGCCCGCUCUGGAGAAUGACUACGCACCAUCUUCCUCGUGA